AUGGCGGCCCCCUGACAAAUGUCACACUGCUCUUCUGCUGCUGAGUUAUUAACGUUGAUCUAGCGAUUUAAAAAAAGGGACCGACAUCUAGGAACAUUGUGCUUUACGACGUUCAACAUCCGUUGAGGAUAAUCCAGCCAACACAAUGGUUCAUUUAUCAUCGCUCCUGCUGAAGAAUUACCAUGGGGGUUACGUUGUCCUCCGAUUUGCUCUUGCAGGCCACAAACAAGCUAACAGACCCUUUUACCGCAUUGUGGCAGCUUACAACAAAAGGGCAAGAGAUGGUAAAUAUUUGGAGCAGCUUGGUUCCUACGACCCUCUCCCAAACAUCUACAACGAGAAACUCGUCAGCCUCAACUUCGACCGCAUCAAGUACUGGAUCGGCUGUGGAGCACACACUACAAAGCCAGUUGCCAAACUUCUAGGGUUGGCAGGAUUUUUCCCUCUGCACCCGAUGACCAUAACAGACGCCGAGCGCCAAAGAGCCCAAACCGAAUUGACAGCAACAGGAACAGAGGAUGGUCUGCGGGAGGGACGGGAAGAGGCAGAAGUGUGAUAUUUGAAGCUUGGGACUGAAAAGAGAGAACUGAUCUAUUUGUUUCCUUACUUUUUGGGUGGGCUGCUCAUGUUAACGUCAUUUAGAAAAUGUUGUAUUUAUAGUUGUUUUGAUGGAAGCUUUGAAAAAUUCAGAUUCAAACUGAUUCUGGAUCAAAUUAAAUAGCUAUGGAUGAUGUUAAUGAAUGGAAUGCUACAACAGACAGUUUGUGAAUGUUCUGUUUAUUUGACUUCAAUAAAGUAUUUCAAAAUUUUG